AUGCCUGCCCACCGCCUCCUUCUCCUGCUCCUGGGGCUGCUCCUGGUGCUGGAGCCUGCCUGCUGCCAGCAAGCCCGAGGCAGCCUGCAGCCAUGGUUGCAGGGUAUCAUCGCGGUGCUUGUGUUUCUAGUCCUGGUGGCCAUCGCUUUCGUGGUCAAUAGGUUCUGGUGUAAGGAGGAAGAGGAAAAUGUCGAGGUGGUGGUGAGCGUCGAGGACAAACAGGAGACUGUCAUGUCCAAUGGCCAUGAAGGGAGAUACCGAACUGCUGCAGCUGACUUCAGGUCUAAAGAGAGCCAGCAUGCCUACGAGAACACCCUGGAGCCCGAGGAGAGGGUGAUCACCACGGCUAUGUAG